UUAAGGACCUCACUCGGUAGAUGACAACAACAAAACAGACAGAGCUACUGAGAGGCUCUUAGCCUGAGAUAAACAACUCCUAAUCUGUUCGUUUUUAACACAAUCUCGACUAGAGUUUGCCAAAUAGGAUUUAUGAUCUGUAACAACAUGGUCGAUCUGUGUAAAUGAUAAUGGCUGUCACAUAUUGUAAUCAUUAUUAGUCGUAUUUCUCGUGCUAUCAAUGGCUCGGGCAGAGCUCACUCUAUGUUAGCAAGCUAGCUCGGUGGCUAGCGUGUUUGCUAGCAGCAGAGGUGGAGACAAGAACGGGGAGAUGAGAGCUAAGUGAGGGUGUGGCUUGGGAAAGACUGUGAAGAGUUUGAACAGAACACACCUCAAUUCUCAUGUUCCUUUUAUCUGUUCAUCACUUGCCCUGAAACAAUUACGGAAGGGUAUCUCAUCUGCCUUUGAUGUAUGCAAAGGACGUCACGCACGGAUCAAAGGUUGCAGUGUAAAUACUUGGCAUUCACACAGCACGUUCUGUUUCCAUAAAAAUUACCUCUACUCUUUGGUAGUGGUAAAACCAUGUUCAUUAGUGAGCUUUGCUGAAGAUGCACACUCAUGAGUUCUGAAGACAGUGUGGGCUUUUGGGCUGUCUUCAAUAUGUCUGUCCAUAGACGGUUUGGUCCCACAUUAUGGACGACCAGGGUGGCUUUGAAUAACUAAAUGAGCAGGACAGGCAAGUGCAACGAAGUCUGGGAGUUUCAACAUGAAGUUGUAUGUGUUCCAGGUCAACAAUGGCAGCACAUUGACAUUUGACACUGAUCUUGCCGUCCAAACCGUACUGGAGCUAAAACAUGCCAUCCAAGCCAAAUACAAGAUUGCAGUUCAAAACCAAGUCCUUGUUGUCAAUGGAGGAGAAUGUAUGUCUGCAGAGAGACGAGUUUGCAGCUACAGUGCUGGCACUGAAACAAACCCCAUUUUUCUAUUUAACAAAGAGAUGAUUUUAAGCGACCGGGAUCCAACGAUCCCUAAAACCACCUUCUCAAUUGAGAGUGAGAUUCAGGUCAAGGUGGAGGAGUCUCUAUUGAUGCCAGCUGUUUUUCACACCGUUGCCUCUCGAACACAACUUGCUCUGGAAAUGUUUGAAGUUGCCAAGAAACUCUGCUCUUUUUGUGAACGUUUGGUGCACGAUGAACACCUUCAGCACCAAGGCUGGGCUGCUAUUAUGGCUAACCUGGAUGACUGCACUCUGUCUUAUCAAAAAUUGCUUAUGAAGUUUGACACAGCAUAUGCAAGCUACCAACAAGACCUGGAAGAAAUUAAAGUGAAACUGUCAAGAUUAGGGACGGCCGUCUCUGUAAUGGCCAGGAUACCCCUGCUUGAGAGUUUGACGAGACACAGUUACAGAGAGAGCAUAGAGAAGUCCAGCUCAACCCCAGAGAAGGAUUCAGAUGAGACAGAGGAGGAGAAGUCCACUGACUCGGUGCGCUGCACCAGUGAAACUCAGACCAAGUCGUCACCCUGUUCUGCAUCGGCGGCGCACACACGUGAAACAGGCAACGAACAGGAAACGAGUGAAAUGACUGACAGCGGUGGGCUCAGAGCUGCACUGUUGGAUGACGAGACAGAGUUCACCUUGUCUACUUUCAACGUCACUUUGUUGGACUGGAUCAAUGUGCAAGACAGACCCAACGAUGUGGAAUCAGUUGUUAGGAAAUGCUUCGACUCCAUCAAUCGGCUUGAACCUCGGAUCAUUCAGCCCUUUCUGGCAGAUUGUAGAGACACCAUUGCCAAGCUUGAUAAUCAAAACAUGAAGGCCAUCAAGGGACUGGAAGACAGGUUGUACGCUUUAGACCAAAUGAUCGCAAGCUGUAAGAAGUUGGUGAAUGAGCAAAAAGAACUCGCUCAGGGAUUUUUGGCCAAUCAGAAGCGGGCUGAAAACCUGAAGGAUACGUCUGUUCUGCCCGACUUGUGUGUGAGCCACACCAACCAGCUCAUGAUCAUGCUGAACAACCACAAGAAGCUGCUAGACAUCAAAAAGAAAUGCACUACUGCCAAACAAGAACUUGCAAACAACCUUCAAGUCAGACUCAAAUGGUGCUGCUACGUGAUGCUCCAUGCAGACCAGGACAGCGAGAAACUCCAGGCUCUGCUCAGACUUUUGAUGGAGCUGAGGGAGAGGGUGAGAAUAGUGGAGGCUCUCAGUACCGUGCCCCAGAUGUACUGUCUGGCAGUGGUGGAAGUCGUCAGGAGGAAAAUGUUUAUGCGGCACUACAGAGAGUGGGCUCAUGCACUUGUGAAAGAUGGGAAACAACUGUAUGAGGCAGAGAAAUACAAAAGAGAAUCCUUUGGAAAACUCUUCAGAAAGUCUUUCCUCCGAAAUAGUUUAUUUCGUGGCCUUGACUCGUGGCCUCCAACAUCUUUUUGUACACGUAAGCCAAGAAGGUUUGACGACGAGCUUCCUGACAUCUCACUUGACGACCUGCAGUACUUGAAAUCUUCUUGUCCUGUGGAGGUGCAACCUUUCCUCAUGGUCCCAACGAUGUGUGACUUUGAACCCUUACAUCACCAUGUAGGCACACUUCACCACCUGGUUCAAGCAGCACAAAGUGUAGAUGAGAUGUCCCAAACCAUAACUGACCUGCUCAGUGAAAAACAGGGCUCCAGUUGUCAGAGCGGUCAGAAAUCAACAGAGUCCACCCCUCAGUCUGAGGGUGUCCCAGGAAGAACCACACCUGUGUCACCCAAAGCCCCCACUUCUCUAAGCCUACAGGGACCUGGAUGCCAACCACUGCAAGUCCCAGUCCCAGCCCCUCUGGAAGACCUGUCCCCGGAUAGCAUUGAUGCACAAACAUUUGACUUUGAAACCAUCGGCCAUCCCAACAUGGAUCCAGUCCUGCAGCAGGGUUCCAUUGACCUUGAUUCCCUGGCAGAAAGUCCCGAGUCUGACUUCAUGUCCGCUGUCAAUGAGUUUGUGAUUGAGGAGAACAUGACUUCCCCAAACCCUAUCAGUGACCCUACCAGCCCCGAUAUGAUGGUAGAGUCUCUGUACUCCUCAGUGAUCAAUGCUAUAGACAACAAGCGCAUGCAGGACACUACAAUUCUAGAAAGAGAGAAUUCAAGGAUAAAUGCCCUCCAACAAGUCAUCGACAGGUACCAGUCUGCUUCAGAGGAGACUCAUUCCAGGCUGAGGGGAGUAAAGGACGACCUCCAUCACUUACGUGUCACGGUCACAAAGGAACAACAUGACCUCGGCUUGGUUUUGAGAAGUGUGACCACACAGGUGUGCACAACGGUAGACAACUUCUGUCAGACUCAUGAACUGAAACUAAAGGAGCAGCACCAGGUUGAGCUUCUCUCUGUUCGACAGGAACUGGAGAAGCAGGUUCAAACACUAACGGAGGAAAACCAAGUCAAUCAGAAUAUUGUCAGAGACGUCCAGCGUGCCAUGCUUGAGCUGGAGGGGCGAAUGGAGCGUAAAGAGAAGGAGCUGGCUCAGUUUGAGACAGAGAGAGAGCGCUGGGUCGAGACGGCGAGUAACUACAAAGUUCAGAUUGAAAAUCUGGAGCAGGCGAUUAGAGAUCGAGCUGAAGAGAUUGAGAUGCUCUCAGCUGCCAAAGAUUCUCUGACUGGUCAGCUGGAGAACCUGCACUUUGAGAUUGAACGUGGUCAGCAGAAGAUUCGGCAGGAGCUGGAAAUUGUUGAACAAACUCACCUAAAAGAACUGGAGGACAGGAUGAAGCAGGAAUACAAGGCACAACUGGAGACUUUUACCAAAAGUAAUCAGGAGGCUCUGGAACAUCUGGUGGCUGAAAAUAGUGCAAAGUUAAACGAGGCCGCUGAUCUUCAUGCCUCUAUUUUCAGAGAGAAAGACAACAAAAUUAUGGACUUGGAGGCACGAGUUGCUGAACUUGCAGAACUGCGCUGCAAGGUGGAGGUGGAGCUUGCUCUUAAAGAGUCCGAGAUCGAGGAAGCGAGGGUCGUAUUUGAGGAGGCUAAGAUCCUGCAGGUCCAGGCCGCAAAGUCUCAGGUUGAAGCCGAGACCAAAGUCCUAAGUCAAGAAUUGGCAGAGAUCAAAAGGCAGCUCCAGGCUAAAAAUGAGGAGUAUGAAGUGGACCUGGCAGAACUGAGGACUCUGAUGAGGAUUGAGAAGGAUCACUGCAUCUCGGAGUUGGUGGACAGACACGAGGAGGAAACAACUGUACUGCACAAUGAGCUCUCCGCUCUGCAACAGCAAGUCCAGGAAGCUGAGAGGAGCCACACUGAGCUGCAGCAGAAACUCAAACUAGAAGUGGACCAGCUGGUUGGUCUGAACACAGAAAAAGAAAAACAGUUGAGGAGCUUCCAGGAAGUAGAACAAGAGCUGAGGACUGUCAUUGAUAAACUGCAGACAGAAAACAACCUGCUCACUAAAACUCCAGAGCAGGACACGCAAGCAAAUGAGGGAGAGGUGGAAAAAGAGGAGGCCGCCAAGGAACCAUCACCAGAUGCCUUUAAGGAGUUAGAACAACAGAAGGAGGAAAUGGAAAGGAAGUUGUUAGAGAAAAUUAAAGUGCUCAAGAGUGAACUUCAGGAGGUCAAGUCCCUAAAAAGUGAUGAAGGGUCGCCACUACACGCUGAGGGAUGUCCAGUCGCUGCAGUACCGCUGUCCCUGGACUCAGCACUUCAGGAGCGGCUGCAGCAGGAGAGGGCGUGCCUGCAGUCCCAGCUGGAGCUCCUGGAAAAGAAGAAGAAUGAGGAGAUGCAGAAUCUCAAGACGUCAUUAAUAGCAGAGCAGCAGACCAAUUUUAACACAGUGUUGACCCGAGAAAAGCUUAAGAAGGAGCAGAUCAUCAAUGACCUCACUGAGAAGUUGAGGAAAGUCAGCCAACAGCAGGAGAAGGACAAAGCUCUAAUAGAGACACUGUCUGAGGACCGGGCCAGUGUCAUGCAGGAAAAGAAACACCUGGAAGAGGAGCUCAAUCGCCUGCGCAGCACGGCGCUUGUCUCCUCCGCCUUCUUCACAGUCAACCCUGCAGCUCAUGAGGUCACAGAGGGCGGACUAGCUGCAGCCAGAGCUCUGCCUUUGGUUGGAGCAGGUUUUGCUGACUGUGACACUGACAGACUGGCCUCAGUAGCAGCCAUCAGAGAUGACGACCAUGUAGACUCAGCAGUGGAAGCCAGCAUGGUGACAGUCCAUGAUAACAUCAUGAUGUCUGAGGAGAAACAGCGGAUUCUCUUACUUGAGCAGACUUUACACAUGAAGGAAGAGGAAAACAAGCGUCUCAGUCAAAGACUGAUGUCUCAAAGCAUGUCGUCUGUGUCAUCACGGCAUUCAGACAAAAUCGCCAUCAGAGAUUUCCAGGUUGGCGAUUUGGUUCUAAUCAUCCUGGACGAACGACACGACAACUACGUGCUGUUCACGGUCGGCCCCACCCUUUACUUCCUCCAUUCAGAGUCUCUGGCUGCACUGGACCUCAAACCUGCAUCAGGAACUUCAAGACGACCAUGGGUCCUUGGAAAAGUCAUGGAGAAGGAGUAUUGCCAGGCUAAAAAGGCCCAGAACAGAUUCAAGGUUCCUUUAGGUACCAAGUUCUACAGAGUGAAAGCUGUUCCAUGGAACAGAAGAGUAUAGUAGCCAAGUAAAAAAAUAAAAUGUAUAUUUAUAUAUGGGUUGAUUUCUGAUCAGAAACAUGACAUUGUCAUUCAUCAUCAAAAUAUUUAAGGAUUAAUUUUAAAAAAAAUGCAAAUAAUCCAGAGCGUUUUCAUUUUAUUUUUAGUUUUUGUUUAAAAAAAAUCUCACCUGCUUGUAUUUGUUUUUGUUUUUAUUUCUGUUUCUUUAACUCCCUGAUUUCUUAUUGUGGACCAAAUGCUUUUAAUUUUAUAAGGGCAUCGCCCCGUACACUACGGCUCUGCGCCGUCUGACCUGCGUGUAAAAUUUGAACAAAAACAUUUGGAUGUUAAAUAUUAGUUCUUAUUAUCAGCAUCUGUCCUUUUGUGAAAAAAUACUGUUGUCACUAUCCGCUUCAUAAUUACAGAAAUAUACAUUUAUUGUAAAUGUUAACGGAGGAAUGUUCACGGCAUGCAUAUUGAUAUAUUUUCUUUUGAGUUACCUAAUCCAGAUAAAUGUUGUAGUUGAAAAUGUACUUAACGCUAUUUGUUACUCACAAAUCAGUCCAUACUGAGAUGUACAUUAUGGCCGACCGGCUGCGACGGUCGUCUUUGCAAUCUUCAAAAUGCACUUUCAGAAAAAAAAGAAAAAAAGAAGAGAGAAAACAAUGCUUUUGUUGAGUUAAGAAGGGAAGUAGCUGAGCUGACAGAACUAAGUCAAUAUUAUCAGCCCAAACACUUCUCACUAUCAUAGAAUAUUAAUAUGUAGAAAGGAAAAGUUUGUGACUGUGUUUCAUUAUCAGGAGACAUUGUACAUUACCCAUCAAAUCACACAUGUAACAAUAAAUGACUGUAUUGCAAAAAGAUAGAGUUUUGAAACAAUAAAGGAUUGACCCCA